GCAGAUGCAGGGCUCUGGAGUCUGUACCGGCACAAUUCUGUUGCAGGCGAACUCUCUUGCUGGUGGCCUCUGGACCGCGCGAUGACUGGACGGUGACUUCUGGGUCUGAGGACGAAAGUUGAAGAUGAAGGAAGAUUGCUCGUCCAGCUCUCGUGUGCCCGUCAGCGACAGCAAGUUCAUUCUGAAGUCAGAACUCUUAAGUCUGCUCAAAACCUACAACUGCUACCAUGAGGGCAGGAGCUUCCAGCUGAGACACCGAGAGGAAGAAGGGACUCUGAUCAUCGAAGGACUCCUCAACAUUGCCUGGGGACUCAGACGACCCAUCCGGCUCCAGAUGCAGGAUGAUCGGGAGCGAGUGCACCUGCCGUCUGCCACAUGGGUGCCUGAGCAGCUCAGCUACCUCCAAAAGGAAACUUCACCCCAGAACAGCAAGGUCCCUACUGAGCAGCCGAGCACUCAACCUGCAAACAAGGCAGAGGUUUCCAGAGAUAGUUCAGGACCCCUGGAGGAGGGAGAGGAGGAGGUCCCACAGCUCAUGCGGACAAAGAGUGAUGCCAGCUGUGUAAUCCAGAGGAGGUCCAAAUCCCGGGCACCGAGCGAAGCCCAGAAGAUACGAAGGCACCGGUUCUCCAUCAAUGGACACUUUUAUAACCACAAGACCUCGGUGUUCACUCCUGCCUACGGGUCUGUGACCAACGUCCGGGUUAACAGCACUAUGACCACCCAGCAGGUGCUCACCCUGCUGCUAAACAAGUUCCGGGUAGAAGAUGGCCCCAAUGAGUUUGCACUCUACAUCGUCCAUGAAUCUGGGGAGCAGACAAAGUUAAAAGAUUGUGAGUACCCGCUGAUAGCCAGAAUCCUGCAUGGGCCCUGUGAGAAGAUUGCCAAGAUCUUCUUGAUGGAAGCUGACUUGAGCGAGGAAGUGCCCCAUGACGUUGCCCAGUACAUAAAGUUUGAAAUGCCGGUGCUGGACAGUUUUGUUGAAAAAUUAAAAGAAGAGGAAGAAAGAGAAAUAAUCAAACUGACCAUGAAGUUCCAAGCCUUGCGUCUGACAAUGCUGCAGCGUCUGGAACAGCUGGUGGAGGCCAAGUAACUAGCCAGAGCUUGCCUUUUGUGAUGCCUGUGGUUGCAUGGACCCAGCUCUAACUGAUCACUGACCGAUGGCUGCUUCCCAAGGAAUCCAGUACCUAUGCAUAUUCCACCUGUCUAUUCCGUAGACAUAUCAUCCUGUGUCUCUAGUCUUGGUACCAUGGUGAGCAUGCACAGGCAUACCCAGGAACUUCCUAGCUAGGAUCUAUGUGCAAAGCUGACCUAGGUGGUAAUAAAGAGCCUCAGAACGGUGGUACCAGCCAUGUUAUAUGGUUGAAUAGUAUGGCCACCCUUGUUCCUGUGUAUUUCCAGUUUGAGAGAGCAGUAUAGCACCCAGCCCCUAGAGAAUGGACUUCAUCUGCUUGCCCAGUGCUUGUCUCUGAGGCUCUGCAUGGCCACAAGUCCCUGCCCUAAUCAUCCAUGAACCAUGAACUCCCUGUCUUUCUUUGCUUCUUAUUGCCACUCAGGAACUGUACUGGAGCAGGAGCUGCCAAGAGCAGUGAGACAUGGCCUGCUACUAACUACUGCUUCACCAUGAUGUCCUGGCCUCUGAGCCUCCUUUCCUAGCCAACAUUCCAGACCUAGAGGUUAGAUCAGGACUAGGACUACCAUGAUCUCAUCAGCUCUUGGUAUAAAUUGCCCUUAACUUGUGAGUGUGAUCCAAAGAAAUCCUUGAAAGGAGUCAUCUUCAAGAAAUAUGUCCUUUGAAUUAUGAUUUAGAAGUUGAUUUGUGUGGCAUUGGAACAACUGGCAGUGGCUCCAGAAGGCUCAGUCCCCUUCAUUCCAUCUUGUGGAUGUUUAUAUGUCUCUUGCUUUCCUUGGAACUAAGCUUCUUUCUCUCUAAUGGAUAGGGAUAGCUCUCAAUCCAUCCUUUCAAAGCCCAACAAAAAUGGAAAAUGUCUGUUUGGGGACAAAAGGCUUCUAAUCCUCUAGAUACGGAUACAGAACAAUUUGUUUGCUGACUGAUUGAAAUCUCUGGAAGGAACAAGAAAACUAUGCAAUAGCUUGCAUCAGUUGUGGGAAUGAUUGUCUAACAGGUCUGUGGACAGUGGAUUUAAAGAGAAGUAUGAUGAAGGCCUUCGAAGACAGAGUUCCAUCUUCAGUGCAGUGCAUGUAGAAGCCACUCAUGGAGUCCUGAAGAGCAGAGCGUGGGAACAGCUGUGCAGUGGGAAGCCAUGAGGAAGAGUAGAUGUCACCUCUAGAUUUUCCAGACCCAGCUGUUUCACAGAGAUGCUUAGCUGCCAAGGGAGGUCUCUUGCCUCCUCGCCUCUUUGGCACUGUGCUUUCUUCAGUGCUUAAUAAAGGCCUGUUGUGUUGAACAGAAGCUGUAGGACCAACCUUUCUUGUACUUCUUCUUGUGUUUAUUAUUGCCUUGAUCCAUUUUUCUAAUCUCUGAAGCUGUUGUACUUCACUAUAAAGAGCUGCAGUCAUUAGAGGACCCAUCCACCUGUUGGAACCUGUCAACAUUGACAGAACUCCUUCACUUCAUGCAUGGGCUGAGGAUUGGUGUGAGGCCUGAGGCGAGGCUGCCCUACCUUAGAACACAAGAAAGGACUCACUGGUGGUGACCCAUGGCUGAGCAAUAGAGUCAUCCUGAAUUGCAGAGUUUUAGCAUCAGAAGUGCAUAGGAAUCUUCCAGCCAAAGACUCAAGAGUUGAAAACCAAACUGGAUUUUUAGCCUCAAGUCAUCUGCAUGUCCGUUGUUCAGAAGUAAUUAACUGACUUGAUUGUUUUAUGCCAGGCCUGUACUGGAUCCUGGAGGAACAAAGUUAGAGAGCCUUGGUAAUUCCCCUUCUGGAGAAGCAGACAUGGGGACAGUUAAGCACCUGAUGUUGAGCAGACAGCUAAGAAUAAAUGGUACUGUAAGCCAAGAGACACCUUCCAUCCUUGACACAGGAACUCAGUGCUGGGGGAACCACUGACACAGGAAACCCUGGAAGUAGCAGCCAGCUUGGUAGUACUUCACAGCUGUCCAAAUAUUAGUUAAGGCUUUUUAAAAUAUGUUUUACUUUUGAAAUAUUAUCAAAACUAAUUUCUGAAUAACAUAGUUAUGAAAAACUCUAGCAAGUUGCACAGAGCAGUGUCCUCUGCCACGUUCCUAUGAAGUGUUCACAAAUGUUAGACUGACCCACCAUGUCUGCUCUUUGAGGGCAACUGGAGAAUCAGCCUUUUCAGAACACAACAACCCUGGAACUUGAGUCUGUGGAGGCUGUGGCCUCACAAUGCACCAGGGCUAUCAUCUGCGGUGGAGGUCACAGCCUUUCUGGUGUGUUCUUUGACUCUCAGAUGAUAAAGGUAUCUACAGAUAAACUGAAGAUCCUGGUCAGAAAGCAGUGUCUUUCAAAAUAGAUCUGUCCUCAGAGCCUAGAAUAAUAAACAGCACAGGUCAAAAUCAGUGUGAUCACAAGGUUGCAAAAGUCCCAAGCUCCGGAUAAACAGGAUUAUUUGUCCAGAACAAAUGACCACAACAGAUUAAAAACAAGAGUAAGGGAAAAGACUUGUUUUUCUGAAGCAAUAACCUUUAGACUUUCUCUAUGACAAAACAAAGCCAUUCUCCCAGGAUCCAGCUGGCUCCUUGAUCCCAGGAAAAGGAGAGAGGGCUUGUGUAGUCUACUCAGGUGAUUUGGUAGGAACUGGAAUUAUGGCAACUGUGCUGUGUGAACACAGCUGCAGAGGGGCAGGCCAUGGAAUGUCCUUAUCGGGGUACUCUGACUACUAGGUCCUCGGGCCCUCUGACCCUCAUCAGUGGCAAGCAGGAAGUCUGGUAGGUCACAGCCAAGUAGUAGCACGUAUAAAAACAAGCAGAUGCAUGUACUAUAUUUAGGCCCCAAGAACUGCACAUGGCUAAUAGCCAGCUGUUGACAUGCUGGGAGCCUCACAGAACCUGAGGUGGGGCUCUUCCCUCCAACAGGAUUGUAACAAAGGUUUUCUGCUAGUCCAAGAGCAUGGGAAUUCCCAGGGUUUCCUUUUUCAUACAACCCAAGGGAAACAAGACAAUGCCUCAGGCCUAUCUAAACCUCUCAUUGUCCAAGGUUCUGUGCUGAAGGCCCCACAUUGAGAGAAACAGAAUACGUUUGUUCCUAUACUCAGGCCAUUCAAGUGACCUGUCCUGCUGUCCCUGGACUGUGGGUCAGUUCUGCCAAUGAUAGCAGCACUUCUCAUUGAUACAGUGCUUAUUCGUGUGCAUAUAUGUACACCUACAUGUGUACAUAUACAUGUACAUGUGUACAUACAGUCUAAGGAACAAAACCACAGAAAAGAAAAAUUACUUUGCUAAUCUGCUUCUCAGCUGUUGUUGUUGUUGUUUUUGUUGUUGUUGUUCUAGAUUUCUUGUUCUAGAAUGAGUUCUUUAAAUAUUCAACCCACUCUGGGUAAGUGGCCCCUGUGGUGCAGAUUUCCAGAGAAGCUACAGCCACCGAGUUAAGACUCCCCAGAAAGAAAAUCUGUCUGGUGCCCAGGCUGUGGCCUCUCCUCUUACCCUUUGUCUAAGGACUACAUGUGACUAUUCUUCAUAAUUUAAUUUACUUAAAAAUGAUGUGGCUCCAAAGCUUGACUCUGUUAAAGUGCGUACGUGUGGAUGUUUCCCGACAUCUGGCCCUCGUGCGUGAGAACCAGCUGCCAAAGGCAGAAGGUGAUAUAAAACUAAAGGGAGGCACAGGUAGACCCCAGAGUGCGGAGUGUAACUUACGGACUUACAGGUUUCUAUGGCUUGAGAAGCACCAAGGCAGAAGGAUCCUCAUAUCUUGAGUAGGAGUAAGAAGUUUAUACAGUAGUCCAGAGAAGUGUGCGCUGCAGUUAGCUAGUAUAUACCACGUCUUUCUCCAAAGCUGUCGACAUGUCCAGUAUCAGGUAAGAAAAACAUUGUGUGUCAGUGACUAGCACAGAAUGCUUGGGUAUCGUAACAGCUUUGUUUGUCUUACAGGGCUGGUGAUAUGUGCCAAGGUCAGCUGGUUAGGCAAUAUGGUGGUUAUGGUGAACAUGUCUACGGUCAUGUCAAACCGAAUUCUAUAAUGGGAAAGUUACUUUCCCCCCAUCAGUAAAAUGGGGAUAAAAUGGUUUCUAGCUCUCAAGGUUAUUGAGAGUCCCAGUUUCAUUGCAAUAACAAGGUCAGAAAUCUCAGCGCCACAGGAGACUUUACAUCUCUCAGAAACUGUGGGACUAUAUAGUGCCUGUGGUGUGUUCAUGUGGCUCAGUUCCACGUGUGUUCUCAUCCUGGAUCCCCAAACUCCUUGGGACUUGUUAUUGAAGCAGAGGGAAGGAACAGAGUCGGGAGCGUGUGUCUCGAGGCUGCUGCUGGGUCUCCAUCCACUCUUGGCCACCGUAAGUCCUCUAGGGAAGUCCUUAUCUGGAGAUGCACACUCUAGGGUGCUCAACCUUCCUAAUGCUGUAAUCCUUUAAUACACUUUCUCACGAUGUGAUGACCUCCUGACCAUAAUGAUUACUGUCAUUGCUACUUCAUAACUCUAAUUCUGCCACUGUUGUGAAUCACAGUGUAUAUAUCUGAUACUUCCAAUGGUCUUCGUUGACCUCUGUGAAAGGGUCGCUGGAUCCCAAAAGGGGUUGAGACAACAACCCACAGGUUGAGAACUGAUGCACUAGGGGCUCUGAGAAUUGCCCCCCAUAAGCAAGAGUACAAAAAUUAAAGAUGUCCCAUGCAGCCUUUAUGGUCAUGCUAGGACAGUAUUAAAGACCUUAAAAGUUCCUCAGACUGUACCUGGCUGAAGUACACAAUAGAAAACUGUUACACUAACACAUGGCCUAGGGCAUGGGGCUUUGAUUGCUCACACCUCUUUUCCUUUCCACUUUGAUGUCCACAUCCUUUCCUGGCCCAGGCCUCUCUCUGGGCUUACCUUCCGUUCUUUCCACUCAUUGCGAUUUUGCUCCUUUUCUGACAUUUGCCUCCUUUCAAAACUCCAUCACUAUUUGACUGCCUGCCUAAUUCUGAAUCCCUCUGGGCCUUUUGUAGCUGGUGCAGCUUUUUUGCUAUACAGGAAAGAAAGAUGCUCUACCUUUAGGUGAGGCAACAAAGACUUAUAAUCCAUGCCUGGUAGUCCCAGUGUGUCUCUGCUCCUGAGUUUUUUCCUGUUCCAGCAUCACAGGCCACUGCUAUUUACCUCACCCCUGGCACCAACCACGGAUUACAACAGUUUAGUAAUAAAAUUAACAAUAAAUCAUGUUUAUUAUGUGUUA